GCAACCAAUCAACUGUCGCCUCAAUUUGAAGCGCCAACUGUCACUGGACAGUUCGAGAUGAAGGCUUUAUCCCGCUUUAUUUACUUCUGUGGGCUUCUGAGGCGCUGAUUGAGGGUAAUGACUGAUUGGCACUGUGGUGAUCAUUGUUGUGCAAAACAUACAAAUGGCAGACAUUGCAAAUAUUUUAAGAAAACUAGCCAAUGAUGUGGAUAGUGGUUCAAAUUCUCAUGUCCCAGACCGACCAACUCCAGGAGGACAUAACGCCGUGGACGUUGAAGUAAAUAGACUUUUCGCAAGCUAUGGAGCAGAAGCCAGCAGGAGACCUUUAAGUCGUCGUAGUCGUUCUACAAGACCUCGCAGUAGCUUCACAAGAGUUUUCUGCUGCUUAAGUAGAAUGACACAAAGUGUUGCACCAACAAAGUUUGAAAGGGAGGAACUGGAAGCUACAGGACUUGGAGAGAAAAAGGUUACAUUUUUUGGCGAUGAAAACAAUGCAGAAGAUUUCAAAAACUACAUUCUAACGACAUAUCCAAAACUUGGUGACUGUGGGGGAUUUGAGAUUUUAAAAACAUCAGGCAUGACCCGAUCUAGGAAUCUGGUGGUGUUGCCUUGCCCAAACACAGGGUACACAAUUAAGGCUCUAAAAGAAAAUAUGGGACAUGCUGUCAUCUACAUACGUCCUAUGCAAAAAGACAUAGAACUGUCCAGUUCUGUUGUCUGUGAAUCUCCCAUGCUUGGGCCAAUGGAGAGAUGUCUUACCUGUGAAAAACAGUUCAAUUUCAAUGAACUUAAGGUUCACAUUGAGAGCUGCAGGCCUAGGACUGAAUGUUCCAAUCACCUGCCACCAACAUUAGAGAACGAACACCUAAAUGCACAGACUUCAGACAGUGAUUCACUCAUCAACCAGUCUCCCACUGAGGAAAAUACUGACCAGCUGUUCAUCGAUUUAACAGAUGAAAAAACGGACAUGAUUGCCAGGAAUCUUUAAGUGAAUGGCGGAGGAUGCGUGAGGAGCAGGAUGAUGAAUAUAAUCAGUCUUUGAUAGCAGAUCAAGCCAAAGUAUGUAGGGUAAACUUUAUAACAGACAUCCUCUGAUGACAUUGUGUAAUCUUUCUGUCUGCAUUACAAUAUGAAUU